UUUUCAAAACGUCCGUGCUGAGCUGAGCGUUUGUUUGUACACACGGGAAGAUUGGUCUUCGUUCGCAUCUUCCGGAUGCAAGCUGGGUCCCUUGAAACCCGUUUUUAACUGUGAAUUAAACACGAUCUACGUUUCGCGCGAGUGCUGAAGAAUCAUGGCACCGAGGAAAGCUCGGAUGUGUCGCAUGUGUCUCUCAACAACAGCAAUUCUGCGAUCGAUUUUUACCAUCUUCCGGAACUAUAAUCUGGUGUUCAUAAUUCGGGAGCUGGUCAAGCUUGAGAUAAAAGAAGAUGAUAAACUUCCGAAAUCUAUCUGCAAAUCUUGUGCGGUCAAGUUGAUCCGGAUGCGUGAACAUGCUACGCUGUUCAUCGACAGCGAUCGGAAGUUGCGUGACAAGCUGUCCGGUUCGGGUGCCGAACUGCCGGAUGUGCUCGACGAGUUGGGGCAAAAGCGGAAGCGAAAGUACACCAAGCGAACGGAUUACGACAGUGAUUCUGUGGAUGGGGGCGCUGAUCUGGUGGCCGAUCGAGGAGAGAGCGAUGACGAUGAUAGGAACGAAGGACCGGUGAAGGAGGAACUGGGAGAGAAUGAUAGAUUGGAUGAAAAUGUCAAAGAGAAUAACUUCGUCGAAAUCAGUGAGGUCAAAGAGGAACUUAUGGAUAGCGAUGAUGAUGAUCUUCCUCUCAAAAUUCUUUCAAUUUCCGUUGACAAUACCGAUUUAAAUAAUGUUGUUAAAGACGAGGAAGAGAAACCGUUGAUUAUUGAUGAAUGCAAGAAGGAAGACAGUACAACGGAUAAUCCAGACUUGUCAUUUGAGGUCCGGGUAGAGAUGGACAAGAAGGGAGCUGGUAACGAUUCUGAUGAUCCAGUUGCUCUAAGUCCAAUGCAUUCCGAUGGUGGUAGUGAUUAUGAAGUCCCGGUGAGAAAAACUCGGUUGUCCCGUCGAACGAAGAAAGAGUUGGCCAGCGAACCGAAACAGAAGCGGACUUACAAGAGACGGAAAAAGGUGGCAAAGGUAGAAAGUGAUACAGAGGACGAUGAAGAUGUGGACGAUGAAGAUAAAGAUAAGUCCUUCGUAAUUAGCGACGAAAUCAAUCGAUAUAAAAAAGAUGAACUGGAUGGUUCUGAAGAUGAGGCAAAGGUGAAAAAGAAAAGAGGUCGAAAAAAGGGAACAAAGUUGUUAAAGGAUCCCAACAAACCGGUUCAGAAACGACGACCCGGUGCUCCAAGGAAGUUCCCGGAACCUACGGGGCCAGUGCCAACGAUGCACGACUACAAGUGUUAUAUUUGCAAUAGCGAAUCCUUGGGUUGUAAGAAAGCAUUGCUGGAGCACUUUUCGACUCACGUGGAUCGAAUCCCUUUCACGUGCAAGGAAUGCGUGAUGGAAACGGUAGUCAUUACUCGGGUGCGAGGUCUGAAUAGCCACAUGAAGAUGCAUGCUCAACCGGUCAAGUGCGAUUACUGCGAUCGGCGGUAUAGCAAUUCUGCCGGCAAGUACUAUCAUACGCAGGUGUUCCAUCUAGGGCUUGGAGCUCCAUGUCAGGUCGAUUGUGAAAUUUGCGGCAAAACGUGCGGUUCGCAACAGGCGCUGAAAUCGCACAUGAAAUAUCACACGACGAAGCUCAAGUGCAGUCAGUGUGACAUGGUGUUUAACCACCCGAAUAAGCGUAGGAAUCAUGAACGGCUGCACGAUGAGAACAGAGGUAUGGAGUGUGUGAUAUGUAAGAAGGUUCUACUAAGUCUCGAAUCAUACGAUGUGCAUUUAAAAAAGCAUAGUCAGGAACGCAGCUACCAGUGCAAUCUUUGCUCGAAGAAGUUUGCUACUUCUUGUAAUCUUAUUCUUCACUUGAAGGUCCACGCCAAGAACGACAAUUACCGGCCGGCCAAGUCCUGGGUUGAGCAUUACACCGUACUGAGCCGCAAUCCGAUGCACUUCAAAUGCAACCACUGCGACCGGUACAACACCGACAAAGUGAACAACAUGAUCUCGCACCUGCAGGCCCAUUUCAAAGAGUACGAGUGUGAUCAGUGCAAGCACAAGUUCGCAACGGCGAAACAGCUGAGAGCGCAUUACACCACCCAUACCGGGGACAAACCGGAAAAGUGCAAGUACUGUGAAAAGGUGUUCUCCACCAAAAACAACCUGCGUAUCCACCUGAAGGCGUCCCACCCGGAGUGGGUUCCUCAGCGGCAGCAAGCACCCACCGUUACGGUGACUCAGCCGGCUGCUAACGAAACAGCGAUACCGGCAACGGUAGUUACGCUUGUUCCGACGGUAACACCCGGCCCGCAACCUCCGGCCAGCACACCCAAUUCGGAUAUUUUCGAUGCUGCGAGCAGCAACAGCGGCUUCGGCAUGAUGAAUCAACAGCACGUGCAACAACAGCAGCGAAUGCAACAGCUGCAGCACCAACCGGUGACAAAUAUGAACAUUCUUCGAAGUUAAG